GCUGAACCUCUGCAUCUGCAACAGCUGCUUCUCUUUGUCUGGUCUGGUCUCGACCCGGUUCCGGCAACUCCGUCCAUAGCACUUCUCAUUACUUUGCAGGGGUAGGGAAUCCACAUGUCAGCACUCACCAGCAUGGGCGCAUUCAAUUCAAGUCUUGUCGGGAUCGCCGGCGACUUGGGCAGUGCGCACAGCUCCUUUUGCACGUCGUCUAUUUUAAACCCGACUCCCAAAAUCAAUGGGCGGGCCUGGAUCUCACAAUGGCCCAUUGGCGAAUGAUUGCAGAAUCCUGCCGGAAGCUAAGGCAUGUCGUAGGAGUCUUUUCCGUGCCGGAACCUUGAGAUCAUACAUACCCACUUGCCGUCCCUAAAAUGUCCCUGCACAUGAGAUCAUCACAGCUCAUCCGCUCUAUACUCGGGGAUCACAGUCAGACCUGCGAGAAAUGGUGCACGAGGCUCCAUGCCCGAGCGCGACACCCCGCAAACAAAACGUCUCAGACCAAGACAACACGCCUGUCGAGGACGUGUCCCAUUAAUGCGACCUGUGCAGCGAAUCGGUCAGUCGAGAACGCGCCACCCGUGUUGAAAGUAAUUCGCGUCGAGUCGGGUUUACUUGCCGCGCUGAGAACCCCCUGUCAGCGCCUCCACUUCCAUUUCACUAAUUCGGUAUCAAUCGAGACUAUCUGACCUCAAGAUGAGGACUAAACUGGGACCCAUUGGAGAACAUGGCGCCCCACGGGUGCUUUUGCAUGAAGGCUAGCUGAUCGACGUCGUAUGCACAGCCAGCCAUCUUCACCCCUCUCGGCAGCAUGAGCACGAGAAGCUCCUGACGUCGGCUCCGCCGUUGGUCGGAUGCUCGCAGCUCGCCUAUAUAUGAGGGUACAUUUCCAUUGAGACUGAACAUCCUAUCACUUCAUCCUUGUGCAAUUACUUUGAAUCAUUAUAUCCCCCCAGCCGCCACGCUGCCUCGACUAAUCCAUCGCAUCUUGUACUAUUGAACUCCCCGAUCCCCAGCAUCUCUUCCACUCGAAUCGAAGAACCUCCCCAACUGCCUCCUGAUUCCAUAUCCUUUACGACUCCGAUUCCGAUCGCGACCGAACGACCAAUAUACACACGUACCAUCAUGGCCCCGUCUAUUCUUUCUCCUAUUGCCCCUACCCUGGAUGGAAUCUUUCGUACCAAGCGCAUGUCAAGCUCCAGGAGAGUGUCUGGCAUUAAUGAUGCCGAGAGUGUUGCUUCGGGCGUAGCCCGCUCCGUCCAUUCGCAUCCUCGAGUGACCUCCAGGAAGUUCAACUCCGGUGGGACUACAAACAUCUCUAGUGUUGUUACUUCGAUACAGCGCCGCAGCGGAGAGGAGCUUGGCUCCAAUACCUCCUCGAGACUGUUGGCCGCCACUCACUCUACGAUCAUAGAAUGGAUCCGCUCCGAACGUAUGAGCCUCCUGCCACCGGAAGGUAGUGACUACGAUAAGGUGCUGGCUUGGGCACAGCUCUUCGUUGAUAGGCUUCAUCACUUUGACGUAGAGAUUGAGCAGUUCGCCGGGGAUAGCUACCUGGCUGCCCAAUUAUCCUACGGUUUCUGUGCGAUGCUUCUCGAGCUUGGUCGAGAAAAUGCCGCUGCCUUGAUGAUUUCGUUCGGGUUCUUUUACAGCAUUUCCAUUCCCCUCGCUAAUCUUCUUGAACGGACCGAGCUCUUUACCGUCACCCAAGAAGUCCAGGAACAACUCAUACUCGCUCUGUCAGACCUUGUAACCCUUGUUGCCAGCGUCUCGACCCACUUCCACAAGGCAAUCCAUGGAUUGACCACAGCGUCGGUUUCUGUAAAUAUUUACCGCACCUUCCCUGGUCAGAUCCAAACAUUCCAGCAGCGAUGCGAAAAGAUUGCCGAGUCCAUGUGGCGGCAUCAGCUUCUCAGAGAGAACUUGGAUGGUGACAAAGUCUCGGAAGUUAGAUCCAUUCGGUCUUGGCUGGCUCCAGAGGAUCGAGUGGUCACCAAUAUUGUUGAAAACACCUCACACUUGGCCCACGACCGCGAGGAACUGACCUGUCUUUGGAUGGGCCCAUAUUUGACUCGCUUCUUGAAGACUCAGCAAAAACACCUGAGCAUUACCGGCCCUUCGGGCUCUGGUAAGACCGUCCUCGCGUCGGUCAUUGUCGAUCAUUUGCAGCAUCCUCACGGCGGAGUCUCGUACCAGACGUUGUUCGUUCCAAUCAAUAGCAGAAUACCUGCCCAGAGCAGUUCCUAUGCGAUCGCGAAAGCGAUCCUUUCUCAGCUCUUUGAGAAGCGCAUUGGAAACGUGCCCCUUUUCCGCAUUUUAAGCGAUGCGUUGCACCGAAGCAGAGUGGCUGCGGACUAUGAAACUUACGACGAAGUCCUUUGGGAUGCCGUGGACCAGGCUCUUGGCGCCUCGCUCCGCGGAGCAAAUGACCUGGUCCUCGUUGUUGAUGGUGUCGAUGAGGCGAGUUGCGGCGAAGAUAUCCUGCUCCAGCGCCUCAUCAAGGCUUCAAGCAAGGCUGCCAAUGCCAAGCUGAUUACCCUUGGAUCUCAAACUCCCCCACAGGCCCCUGGUCAAAGUCGAGUUCGGAUCACCGACGAUAUCAUUUUCGAUGAUAUCGCCGCUGUUGUCCGAGCUUGCUUCGAGCCUAGCAAAGUGUACGCCAAGCUGUCACCCAUCGAGCAGGAGACGGUGGUAGAGCGAAUUGCGCAAGCCUCCAACACAUCGUUUCUCGCCGCGAAGCUCAUUGCCAAACGCGUCCGUCAGGAACAGAGCCCCGAGAGUUUCCACAAGAUCCUCGACAGCUUACUAUCAACAAAGCCGACGAUCACUGAUUUCGUGCUUUCUGCCCUGCAGCAGCCCGAAGUUAGCGCUGAGGCCAAGAUGAUGCUUCUUUGGCUUGCGACCGCUGAUCGCCCGCUUCAUGUCAAGGAGCUUUCUGCCCUGGCUGCAAUCCAGACUGACAAGCAAACCGUCUCCGAACCACGUGUCGACACUCUGCAAGCUCUCAAGCCGCUCAACUCCCUGGUGUACCUCCAGUACGAGUACUUUUACCUCCGCCAUGGUCUCAUUCGUACUGCCAUUCUGGACGUCUUCAACCAGGGCAAGCUCGUUCCGUCGCUCAAGGACCGACAUGCCGAUUUGGUGACACGACUGCUGCUUUACAUCAAGACUCAUGUUACUGAGCAGCAGGAGCCAUCCUCCCUUCCGUCCCUGGACUACCACGACACCCGAACACUCUUGGACAAGCAUCCGCUUUUGGAGUUUGCUCUCCGCUACUGGGUUCCUGUCUUCAGGAAGACAAAUGUGUUCGUCAAGGAUGGCGAAACUACCGCCUCGAAGGAUAUCUCCAAAGUGCUGCCAGCAAACAUCACGGUGAUUCGGCUGCUAAGGUCUAUUUGGGAGAACGUGUCUACGCCAAACCUGGUGACGUUCCAGACGUCCGUGACCAACGUCUACCGCAAUGUCUUGACAAGCUCGAAUGUCACUACGCUCCAAGCGAUCAUCACCUUGGCCACCCUGUUCCGUGAUAUCAACCGUCCAGAGCCGUUCACCCUCUUCCAUGAGGCUGCCAUUCUCAGCCAGAAGCUGUUAACCACCCGUCACAUCGUCACAAUGCAAAUGGUUACCAUCUUCUUGGAAUUGACCUCGCAGAAGAUCACCGAGUCCAAGACGGAAAUUAUGGUCAAGCGCGAGGACAUGCUCCUCGUCCUCGUGGAAUGCUACAAGAUUCACUACGGUAACACUUCGGAGAAGGUCGUUACCGUCAUGCAGCAGCUCGUCGAGCACUACCGCAAGACCAAGGACACUCAGAAGCUGCAGGCGAUGAUCACCACGAUCCAGUCCAUCACCUCGACCGAGUAUGGAUCUGGCUCCACCGGAACAUCCGGCAGCCUUGACGUCCGUCUUGUCGGUCGCGGAGAUGGAGGUAAGGGGGGCCACGGGGAGAGCGGAUACCUUCUCAACCUGGACUUGACCGAGGAAGACGAGUUCAUCGAGACCAUCGAUACCUACGAGGUUGAGGUCCUGAUCCAGUUGGCUGAGAAGUACCUGAAGAGCGGCAGAGUUGAUCUUGCGGAGCGCACAUAUGUCGAGUUCUGGCAGCGCGCCACCCGCGAAUCACGCCUGCACUCGUCCGCCGUGUGGGAGGAAAAGAAGAUGAAGGUCGUUUUGGCGUACUCGAACUUCCUUCGCGUUCAGAAGAGAGAACACGAGUCGUCGUCCGUCCUGACUAGCUUCUGGCAGGACUACCACCACUCGAGCAUCAGUCUGUCCGAGACGACCGUGACACAUCUCCAGGAGAUUGCCAAGGUCAUGACGAGUGUUGGGCUUUCGACGACUGCGCUUAGUGUCUUCAAGCAGUGCUCCGAGUACUACCAGAGCACGCGCAGCACGGAGACGUCCAGCUACAAGGAAGUGCAGCAACUGCUUCAGACGACCACCAAGGAAGUCAUGCAGUCUGCCUCAUCCACAUCCGUGAUUUCUGAAUCGAUCCUGGAAGAGAUGAUUAUUGAGACGUCCAGCUCUUCUUCGUCUAUCGACCAGAGCUUCUACACCAGCACUGAGACCUUGGUCUCGCUGUACAUCUCCCAGCGCCGCUGGCAGCAUGCUACUCGCACGAUUAAGCGAAUCCUGCACAACACCUGGUCGUCCUUCUUUGCCACGACUCUUCAGGACGUGACGCUCCCUCACAAGAACGUGGACUCCGUCCUGGCUUUGGCUGAGCGCCUGGCGCAAUGCUACCACUCCCGCCACCGCCUGGCCAAGGAGCAGGAUACCCGUCUGCGGAUCUACUACGCUGUCCGCUCUGGUCUCAACGUCGAGGACAAGCUGCGCCAGUACCACGUUACCGAGCUGCUGCGCUUGCUGGAGCGUACUUCGCAAACGGACCUGAUCAUCAGCGUCUACCAGGAGCUUCUGAAUGACUAUAUCAAGCACUAUGGCUCAGUUCACGCAAUUGUCAUUCAGACCCUGCGCACUCUUGCCGAGCUUACCCGGCCCCGUCCCAUCUUCCUGGACUACUACCAGCAGAUCAUCCAGGCUCUGAACAAGGACGGCAAGCAGUGCCACCCGGAUGCACUGGAGCCUCUCAGCAUCGUUGCCACCGAGCUCUGGGAACAGGGACGCUACUCCGAUGCCGUACACUACUGCAGCAUCCUCUUCACUGCCUUCCUCAACCAGCCCAAGCUGAGUCCCAAGUUCCAGGAUGAGACGUUUGUGCGGGGCAUAUUCACCCGCUACACUCAGUGCCUGCGCUCCGUGCGCACUGAAUACUCGACCCUGCACAAGGUGACUGUCGAAUACCAGACCAAGGUCAAGGCCGUAUUCGGCGCCACGGCAUCCAUCACUGUCCAGGCCACGCUCACAUUGGCUCAGCUGUGCCAGGAGUCGAAGCACUACGAGAUCGAGGCGAUCAGGUUGUAUGAGGAGCUCCUCAAGAUCAAGUCCAAGGAGGUGGACCUGGAUGAGAUCUCUGCUAUUCUAGAGGCUCUGUACGAGGAGCAGUCUGCGAUCAUCUCGAACAGCGAGCUCACCGAGUCAGCUUCGUCUACACAGGUUGAGCAGGCUGUCAGGGUGUUGAAGAAGCGCAUCACCACUCUUCGUGAGAGCUAUGGAUGGGCUCAUGAGGAGUCUCUUACCAAGAUGACGGAGGUCAUUAGCUUCUAUGCCAAGCAGAGCAAGCAUGAAGAGGUCGUUCGGGAGCUGCAGGAAGCGACGGUGCAGGUUCUGUCGUCUGAGACGUCUACUGUGCGCCUGAGCCACGCCGCCGAGACCAUUGUGUCUUCAUACAUUGCUACGAAGCAAACCAAGAAGGCGGUUGAACUGUCCGAGGAGGUCUAUCGCCAGGCAAUCCUCAAGGAGACCACCAACGUCAAGACGUCCAAGUUCGACCUGACCUCAAAGAGUCGUGAGAGUUUGAUCUUCCUCGCACAGCUCGAACACCAGCUGCACCGCCAGUCCUCCACUGUGACAGAGAUCUUGGCUUCUCUGACUACUGAGCUGGUCUACUUUGAGGAGUUCCGGCACCAGAUCCAGUCGAACAGUACUUUCCUUUCCGUCAGCUCGUCUGCUGCUCGUCUUUACCACUACUUGAUCUCGAACCAUCGCCACUCGAUUGCUACCAUCGUUGCAAAUGACUUCAUCAACUACUUCCUGGCACAUGAGGGCAAGCAGAUUGGCUUCAAGUCAUCGUCCGAAGUAAAGGUGUUCCUGAUGAUGGUGCUGCAUUACUUCAGCACUCGCCAGUCGAAGGACAUUGUGCGGUCGAUUGGAAUCGCCAGUAACAGCCAGGUUAUCGAGCUUAUCAAGACCCAGAAAUUCGAUGAUGCCUGUGAUCUCGCUUUAGCUGCGUACAAGUACAUUUCUGCCCAGCCAAGCUAUCGCACUCCAGGCGUCGCGAGAUUCGUUCUCGCUCUCAGCAUGAACGUCUCUGGGCGUGGUGUCCAGGUCAACGAGGCCGCCCGCAAGAAGAUGCUCCACGUCUCUGCAACGAUUCUCAAGGACGUGCUCAAGGUCAUCGGGGAGCUAAGAAUCAACAUCGCCCAGGUCGGUCUUGAGCAUCUCAACAGCCUAAUCGGCCUACUUGGCGAACAGGGCGACUACCAGACUCUUGCCACGGUCCUGACGUCGGUCUGGAACAGCCGGGAAGCCCAGCGCGACUGGGACCCGUACAUCACGCUCUCCUUGGGUCGUCUGGUAAUCAUGGUGCGCUACCUUGUCGGAGACACCGUCGCGGCCGUCCGCCUCGCGGAAGAUAUUGUGUACAACUGCCGCCGCGUCCAUGGUGCCCGCCACCCCAGCACCCUCCAGAUGUCCGUCCUCCUUUCCCAGCUGUACACCAGUAUUGGCCAACGCUACAAGUCGCAGAAGGAGGGCCAAGACCUUGCAAACAGGUACUACAAGCGUAGCGCCGCCGUCCACGAGAACAUCCUGCGCGCACUGAGCGACCCGAACUUCGCCGACCUAGACGGCAGUCUCGACGGUGGAUUCAGUACAGACGGCUCCGCAUACGAAGGCGACUUUUCCACCGAGUCCCUGUCUGCCAACAGCGUGCCACUCGCGGACCAAGUGCGCCAACACUUCCGCCUCUUCAAGCUGUCCAUCCAGCGUCUCGGGGGCUGGCCAAAGGACUACAGCGAGUACGAGCGUCUGAACGCCGAUCUUUUCCGCGAGUAUCCUUCUGCGUUGGAGGGCGUUGAGGGGAUUGAACGGUGGGACCUGAAGUCGUUUGGAUCGGGCAAGGCGGAGAGUAACGAGGAUCAGGUGGAUGCGGGCUUCAAGGACUGGCAGCUGUUUGGCGAACAACAGCUAUCUAAUGGACAUGGGCAUGGACAUGGGCAUGCGGAGGUGGAGGAGGAACUGUGAUCUGUCAAAAUGCUUCUUGUUAAUUAAUUUGUACAAUGAGAUGUAAUGGUUGUUCUUUUUUUCUAGCGGUGAGGUGACUUGCUCCAGUUUCUGUGCUCUUUCCCAAAACAGCCAUCGCGAACAUACCGCACAGGGAAGCUGCGGGCCCGCGCCUGUGGGACACUCUAUCGAUGCGCUUGACACGAUCGCGUCUCUGCAGUUUCGUCUAUUUACCCAGCCACUUUAUUCUUAUCACCUAUUCUUAUUUUUGCGCCGCCAGUCCGGAUCCAGCCUCAAUCACUCACCGUCCCACCGGAGUAUCUUGGCUGCGCUCCUUACAGCACCGUCGAUCCAUCGCAAACCAUUGAUGUCAGUCCCCGCCACCAACCCCUGCACGGCCCCGCAUACCCUCACACGACGUCUGUCACUCGCACGGUUCAGGUCCGUCCAGGUCCAGCUUGCCCAACAUGACUCGGGGCGACACACGACGAGCGACGCCUCGUCCUGCGAGGGUGGGCUGAUUAUCGAUCUCCGAUCGAUGCGCGCAGUGUCAGUUGAUCCGGACGCACGCACCAUCACCGCGGCCGGGGGGUGUGUGUGGAGGGAUGUCGACCAGGCCGCUGCGCGACAUGGGCUGGCAACUGUGGGUGGGACGGUGAAUGACACUGGGG